CACGCUCCUACUCAUGAUUUUCUUGCUCGCGGACCCUAAACAGAGCAGACACGAGCAGAUGUCAUGGAAGGCCAUUCUCCACGAGCUGGACCUUCUGGGCACCGUCGCACUCGUUCCUGCCAUCACGUGUCUUUUCCUCGCUCUGACCUGGGCAGGGACAAAGUACGCUUACAACAGUGCAACCGUGCUUGGUCUGUUCGUCGGAUUCGGACUGCUAUCCGUAGCCUUCGUAUACGACCAGUGUCGCAAGCAAGACUCGGCAACCUUGCCACCGCGCAUUAUCAAGCGACGAAGUAUCAUCGCCGGCUUUAUCUUCAGCGCUUGUUGCAAUGGCAGCAUCACGGUUUUGGAGUACUACAUGCCAACCUACUUCCAGACAGUGAGGGGAUGGUCACCCGCGAAGUCCGGCUUGUUGAUCAUGCCCAUCAUCGGUGGCUUCCUCGUUGGAAUGCUUGUACAUGGCGUGGGCACAACGCUUAUCGGCUUUUACACACCGUUCAUGCUCAUCUCGUCAACACUGAUGCCCAUCGCAGCCGGUUUGAUGACCACGUGGACGUUACAGACCCAGUUCGCGAAGCUGGUCGCUUACUCUGCCCUGUCCGGCUUCGCUUCAGGUGUUGGCUUCCAGGGCCCGCAGUCUGCAGUUCAGGUGAGCUUGUCCGACGUGGACGGCCCUCUUGGUCUGUCGGUAAAACUUUUCGGGCAGAACUUUGGGCCGGCCCUCUUUAUCUCUAUCGCUCAGGCAAUCUUCACGAAUCGCUUGGGUGCGAACCUCCACAAUGCCAUUCCUGGUUCUGAUGCGAAGGCCCUCGAGAACAUGGGUUUCAGCGAGCUGGUGGCCAGUGUGGGCCCGCAGAAUGUUGGGAAGGUAUUGGCUGGCUUCGACCGCUCAAUCACGCAGACGUGGUAUUUGCCCCUUGGUGCUACGUGCUUGACAAUGGUGGGCUCGCUGCUCAUGGAGUGGCGAUCGGUAAAGGAAAAGCGAAAUUAGUGGCCGCCGAUUCAAUGGAUAAUUCAGUU